ACCAACCGCCGCAGCCCCUUGAGGAGUCGCCACCCGCCGCCUCCGCCUCCGCCGCAGACGGCCACUGUCAAUGGAGCUGGAAAACAUCGUUGCCAAUACCGUCUUGCUGAAAGCCAGGGAAGGGGGUGGAGGAAAGCGCAAAGGUAAAAGCAAAAAGUGGAAGGAGAUCCUGAAGUUCCCUCACAUCAGCCAGUGUGAAGAGCUCCGAAGAAGCAUCGACAGUGAUUACUGCAGUUUAUGUGACAAGCAGCCGAUUGGAAGGCUUCUUUUCCGACAGUUCUGUGAAACUCGACCCGAACUUGAGUGCUGUAUUAGGUUCCUUGAUUCAGUGGCAGAGUAUGAAAUCGCUCCUGAUGAAAAGCUGGGAGAGAAAGGGAAGGAAAUCAUGAUGAAAUUCCUCAGCCCGGAGUCUCCAGUUUAUGUGGCAGAAGUCAGCCAGGACCUGGUGCACCAGACGGAAGAGAAACUUGAACUGAGCCCCGGGAAAGAACUUUUUUCUCACUGUGCAAAAUCUGUCCUCGACUACCUAAGCGGAGAGCCGUUUCAAGAGUACCUGGGCAGCAUGUAUUUUGACAGAUUUCUUCAGUGGAAGUGGUUAGAAAGACAACCAGUGACCAAAAACACUUUCCGGCAGUAUCGGGUGCUCGGUAAAGGCGGCUUCGGAGAGGUCUGCGCUUGUCAGGUUCGUGCCACAGGUAAGAUGUACGCCUGCAAGAGGCUGGAGAAGAAAAGGAUAAAAAAGAGGAAAGGGGAAUCCAUGGCACUAAAUGAAAAGCAGAUCUUGGAAAAAGUCAACAGCCAGUUUGUAGUCAACUUAGCCUAUGCCUACGAAACAAAGGAUGCGCUGUGCUUAGUCCUGACCAUAAUGAACGGGGGCGACUUAAAAUUCCACAUCUAUAACAUGGGAAACCCAGGCUUUGAAGAGGAGAGAGCGUUAUUUUACGCGGCAGAGAUUCUUUGUGGCUUGGAAGAUCUCCACAGGGAAAACACUGUGUACAGAGAUUUGAAACCAGAAAACAUCCUUUUAGAUGAUUAUGGCCAUAUUAGAAUAUCCGAUUUGGGACUAGCCGUGAAGAUCCCGGAAGGAGACUUAAUCCGCGGCAGGGUAGGAACAGUAGGAUACAUGGCUCCGGAGGUGUUGAACAACCAGAGGUAUGCAUUGAGCCCAGACUACUGGGGUCUGGGCUGCCUGAUUUUUGAGAUGAUUGCCGGCCAGUCUCCGUUCCGGGGGAGGAAAGAGAAGGUGAAGCGGGAAGAGGUCGACAGGAGAGUCCUGGAGACGGAAGAGGUGUAUUCCCACAAGUUUUCUGAAGAGGCCAAGUCUGUCUGCAAAAUGCUACUAACCAAAGAUGUGAAGCAGAGACUGGGCUGCCAAGAGGACGGGGCUGCAGAAGUCAAGAGACACCCGUUUUUCCGAAACAUGAAUUUCAAGCGCUUGGAAGCAGGGAUGCUGGAUCCUCCUUUUGUUCCCGAUCCCCGAGCGGUUUACUGUAAGGACGUUCUGGACAUCGAGCAGUUCUCCACCGUCAAAGGAGUCAACUUGGACCACACAGAUGACGAUUUCUACUCCAAGUUCUCCACGGGAUCAGUCUCCAUUCCGUGGCAAAACGAGAUGAUAGAAACAGAAUGUUUUAAGGAAUUAAAUGUGUUUGGACCAAAUGGUACUCUUUCACCCGACCUAAACAGAAGCUAUCCUCCGGAGCCGCCGAAGAAGGGAUUGCUACAGCGAAUAUUCAAGCGACAGCAUCAGAACAAUUCCAAGAGUUCUCCCAAUAACAAGACCAGUUUUAACCACCACAUAAAUUCAAACCACGUAAGUUCAAACUCCACCGGGAGCAGCUAGUUCCCACUCCAGCGUUCGGCAGACGACGUGUCGGCAGAAUCCUCCCGCUGGGACCGGAGCUUCUGAUGUUGGGAAAGAGCCUCCACCGUUGUUGAGUUUGAACAGCAGACUUCCCCUUCCAGCCGGGGAUGGUUCCCGGCCGUUCCUGGAAGUGGAACCUCGUGUUUUCCGCGGAAAUUUCCACUCAGGUCUGUUCGGGGAGGUGGCACUCGAGGUGGCGUGAAGCAGAUUUGGCCAUUUGGAACACUGCAAUAGAAAUCCAAUGGAAAGGACAACUUGCACGUAUUUAAAUAGCAUCAUAACUAGAACUGAAUUUUUGUCUUUAUUAUUUUUAAAGAAAAGUUUUGUAAAUUUCUCUAUUGUCUCAGUUUACAUUUUGUACAUUUGUAUUUAAAUGAAAGUCAGACUUCGAGGGUGUAUAUUUUCUGUGCAGCCGCUGUAAAGCCAUGUCUUUAAAGACAUUUGGGGGACGGGG